CCCGAGGACUUCUGCCCGCACGUGGGCGCGCCGGGCGCGGGGGCGCAGUGCCAGCGCUGCGAUGCCGCCGACCCCCGGCGCCACCACGACGCCUCCUACCUCACCGACUUCCACAGCCAGGACGACAGCACCUGGUGGCAGAGCCCGUCCAUGGCCUUCGGCGUGCAGUACCCCACGUCGGUCAACAUCACCCUCCGCCUGGGGAAAGCUUACGAGAUCACCUACGUGAGGCUGAAGUUCCAUACCAGCCGCCCCGAGAGCUUUGCCAUCUACAAGCGCACCCAGGCUGACGGCCCAUGGCAGCCCUACCAAUAUUACAGUGCCUCCUGCCAGAAGACCUACGGCAGGCCCGAGGGCCAGUACCUGCGCCCUGGCGAGGACGAGCGCGUGGCCUUCUGCACCUCCGAGUUCAGUGACAUCUCCCCGCUGAGCGGUGGCAGCGUGGCCUUCUCCACGCUGGAGGGCCGGCCCAGCGCUUACAACUUCGAGGAGAGUCCCGUGUUGCAGGAGUGGGUCACCAGCACUGAGCUCCUCAUCUCCCUGGACCGGCUCAAUACGUUUGGGGACGACAUCUUCAAGGAUCCCAAGGUGCUGCAGUCCUACUAUUAUGCUGUGUCCGACUUCUCUGUGGGUGGCAGGUGCAAGUGCAAUGGGCACGCCAGUGAGUGCCGUCCCGAUGCGGCGGGCCGGCUGGCCUGCCGAUGUCGGCACCACACCACGGGCGCCGACUGCGAGAGCUGCCUGCCCUUCUUCCAGGACCGCCCGUGGGCCCGGGGCACGGCCGGGGCCGCCAACGAGUGUGUGCCCUGCAACUGCAGUGGCCGCUCGGAGGAGUGUGCGUUCGACCGGGAGCUCUUCCGCCGCACGGGCCACGGCGGCCGCUGUCUGCGCUGCCGGGACCACACGGCCGGGCCACACUGCGAGCGCUGUCAGGAGGACUUCUAUCGCUGGAGCCCUCGGACGCCGUGCCAGCCCUGCGACUGCCACCCGGCAGGCUCCCUGCGCCUCCAGUGUGAUGCGUCGGGCACCUGCGUCUGCAAGCCCACGGUGACGGGCUGGAAGUGUGACCGCUGCCGGCCCGGCUUCCACUCGCUCAGUGAGGGAGGCUGCAGACCCUGCACUUGCAGCGCUGUCGGCAGCCUGGGCACCUGUGACCCCCACAGCGGACGCUGCCCCUGCAAGAGGAACGUGGAAGGACACCUGUGUGACAGAUGUCGCCCGGGGACGUUUAACCUGCAGCCCCACCACCUGGCCGGCUGCACCAGCUGCUUCUGCUACGGCCACUCCAAGGUGUGUGCGGCCGCUGCCCAGUUUCGGGAGCACCACAUCCUCUCCGACCUCCGCCAGGGAGCCCAGGGUUGGCGGACCAGAAGUGUGGGGGGCCCAGAGCAUCCUGCACGAUGGAGCCCAAGGGGGAUCCUCCUGAAUCCAGGAGACGAGGAGGAGCUUACGCUACCAGAGAAGUUCCUGGGAGAUCAGCGGUUCAGCUAUGGACAGCCCCUCACACUGACCUUCUGGGUCCCCCCUGGGAGCUCCCCACUCCCCGUGCAGCUGAGGCUGGAAGGGGUGGGCCUGGCCCUGACUCUGCAGCACUCCAGCCUUUCCGGCCCCCCGGAUGCCGGGCAGCCCGGGGAGGUACAGCUCAGGUUCGAGUUGCAGGAGACCUCCGGGGAUGUGGACCCUCCGCUGCCCCCCUUCCACUUCCAGCGGCUGCUCGCCAAUCUGACAGCUCUGCGCAUCCGGGCCGGUGGCCGGAGCCCAAGCCCUUCUGGUCAGUAA